AUGUCGACUUUCGGAACUCUCUUCAGGGUCACAACCUACGGUGAAUCCCACUGCAAGUCCGUAGGUUGCAUCGUCGAUGGCGUUCCACCCGGAAUGGAACUUACGGAGGCAGAUAUCCAGCCUCAAAUGACUCGACGACGACCGGGUCAAAGCGCCCUCAGCACUCCCAGAGAUGAGAAGGAUUUGGUACAGAUCCAAUCGGGGACUGAGUAUGGUGUAACAUUGGGAACACCGAUUGGCAUGUUGGUUAGGAAUGAAGAUCAAAGACCUAAGGAUUAUAGCGAGAUGGAUAUCUACCCGCGUCCUAGUCAUGCCGAUUGGACUUAUCUACAGAAAUACGGUGUAAAAGCCCGUAGCGGUGGUGGAAGGAGUAGUGCUCGCGAGACAAUUGGCCGUGUCGCCGCCGGUGCAAUCGCCGAGAAAUACCUCCGCCUUUCCCAUAACAUCGAAAUCGUUGCCUUCGUUUCCUCCGUCGGUCCUAUCCACCUUUUCGAUCCAGAAGCAACUCCAAGCUCCGACCCAGCAUUCCAAUCCCUCCUCUCUACAAUCACCCGUGAAAAAGUCGACUCUUUCCUACCCGUCAGAUGCCCAGAUACCGUUGCCUCCGGUAAGAUGGCAGAUUUAAUCGCAGAAUACAGAGACAAGAAGGACUCGAUAGGUGGUACCGUUACAUGCGUUAUCAGGAACGUACCAGCAGGACUGGGAGAACCAUGUUUUGACAAGAUUGAAGCGAAAUUGGCACAUGCAAUGUUAUCGAUACCAGCUACAAAGGGAUUUGAAGUCGGUUCUGGGUUUAAAGGAACUGAGAUCCCUGGUUCGAAACAUAAUGAUAUGUUCGUUCCACAUCCUACAAAGCCGCUGUCUUUAGCGACUGCCACAAACUACUCCGGCGGUAUUCAGGGUGGUAUUACGAACGGAGAGAAUAUCUAUUUCAAGGUAGCUUUUAAGAGUCCUGCGACUAUUAGUAUCGCACAGCAAACUGCUAGUUAUACUGGUGAGCCAGGGACUUUGGAGGCAAAGGGUAGACAUGAUCCUAGUGUUGUGCCUCGAGCUAUUCCAAUUGUGGAGGCCAUGGCGGCUUUGGUAGUUAUGGAUAUGGUUUUGCAGCAACAAAGCCGGGAGGCGACUCGGGAGAUGCUAGGCAGAGCGGCGAGGUUGGUGCCGGAACUGUCGAGGCAAGAGGAAAAGGCGGCGGUAGAGGGUGUUGAGAAGGUUUUGGAGGCUGUGGAGAAGGCUUAA